CUGCCCUCCUCCCUCCCCGCGUGACUUCGGAGAACUCCCGCCUCCUCCUCCUGGUCCUUAAGUUUCGCUUUCGUCGUCCCCUUCCUUUCUUCUUCCCGCUGCUGCCGCUGGAGCUGGAGCCCUGCUGCCGGGCUGAGAGCAUGGCUUCUUCUUCCUCUCCGCCGCCGUCGGGGUUCCUGGAGGAAGAGCUGGAGUGCCCCAUCUGCCUGAGCCUCCUCCAGAACCCCGUCACCAUCCGCUGCGGCCACAACUUCUGCCGGGGCUGCCUCCAGGCCCUUUGGGAGGCCUCCUUGUCCUCCUUGGCCUCGCCCUCCUCCCCCGCUGCGCCCCUCCGCUGCCCGCAGUGCAGGAGCCCCUUCGACGCCCGGCCCUCCGCCCUCACCACCAACACCCUCCUCUGCAGGGUCCUCCAGCAGGUGGCCCGCCCCAAGGAGAGCCCCCAGGGGCCCAGACCCGCCUCCAAGGCCCCCGACCACCCCCUCCCCAGCCCCCCGCCCCCCCCCACGGCCCCGGGCCCGGGGGCCCCACCGGAAGCCAAGGCCCAGCAGCAGUUGCAGCUGAAGAAAAGAUUGACAGAACUCGAUACGCUAAAUGAAAAAGCUUUGCAGUCUUUGGACCAAGUACAAGUGUUGCAGAAAAAAACCAGUGAUAUAGCUUCACAGAAAUUGGAUUUGCUGAAAUCUGAAUUCCUGGAAAUGAUAGCUUUAAUUCAAGAAGAAGAAAGGGAAUGUGUGAAGAAGGUCCUCGCAGAAGAGAAAAGAGUCCUAGAUAAAUAUGAUUUUGUCUCUAAAGUCCUUGGCAAGAAGAAAAAUGAAAUCCAAGGCGAGAGAGACCAAAUUGAAAUGGUCUUGUCAGAAGAUGAUGACAUCGCUUUCUUAAGGAAAUCGGCAAAAUUGAGCCAGAUACAAGUCAAAGAUGUAUUCAUUCCCAAAAUAGAUUUGGAUCAAAAGUUGAUACAUACUGUUUAUCAGAAAGCCUUUGGCCUGAAGGAAACUGUGAAACAAUAUUUGACUCCAUCUGAAGAGAAGAAAACAGAAGGAACCUCAAAGGGGAAGCCUAAACUACAGACCCAGUCCUCACAGUGUGCAAAAACAAUCACUGCAUUAAAGCGGAGAAGCAGACCUGAUAAACGCUCACAAAGUCCCAGCCAGAGAGAACGGAGCUCAAGCAGGUCUCUGCCACAGACUCAUUCGGGGACUCUGGAAACAUUUUUAAAUAAAUCAAGAGAGGAGCUUUUGGAAUUUGCUACAAAAUUCACUUUGGAUUACAACACGGCCCAUAAGAAAGUGAGUUUAUCGGAGAGAAACACCAAAAUGUCUGUGUCGGAUAUCCCCCAGAACUACAGCCACCACCCUCAGCGCUUCACGUACUGCUCCCAAGUAGUAGCCUUCCAGUGUGUCAAGAGGGGCAUCCAUUACUGGGAAGUCGAGAUAGAGCACAACAACUUCUGUGGAAUUGGCGUCUGCUAUGGGAGCAUGCCCAGGCAAGGAGUUGACAGCCGCUUAGGGCGCAAUAGCAGCUCGUGGUGCAUUGAAUGGUUCAAUGCCCGGAUCUCUGCAUGGCACAAUGACAUCGAGGAGUGCCUGCCCAACACCAAAGUGCAGAAGAUUGGCAUUCUACUGAAUUAUGAGGGUGGCUUUGUGAUUUUCUUUGGGGUCGCUGAGAAAAUGACCCUCCUCUACAAGUACCAGGCACAGUUCACAGAGGCCCUCUACCCAGCCUUCUGGAUCUUCUCCAGUGGAACCACCAUCUCAAUCAGUCAAUUGACGUGAAGGGCCAGGCACACCACCCUUUCCAGCUCACAUUGGCAUCCUUAUGUUAACACCCCUGUCUGUAUUAGAGCCCAAUUCUUUGUAUAGCUUUAUUGUUUAAUUCAGUGCAAAGUUAUAUAUUCUGAAAUUUUGGGUUUGUUUUUUGAAAGUUUCAAAUUGCUUGUGAAAUUCUUGGUGGAGGGUAGUCAGUGGGCAUAUGGCUUACUGUAUCCUCUUAGUCACUCCUGGGAAAGGACAGGUAAAGGCAUGUCAAGCAGAAGAUUCCCCUAUUUCUUCCUUAAUGCACAGUCAGAAGGACAGGGUGGUGAUCUCUGUUUCUUUGGCACAAGCCUGUGUUUUCUCCAAUGGCAGGGCAUGCAUGUGGCCAUGCUGCCAUUAGGGACAGUCCCCAUUGUCCCCAGUGGUGGCAUAUGCAUGUGGCUAUAGUAGCAUUACAGACAACUGGACUUAAGCUGAAGUCUCACAGUAUGGCUACAUGCAUGCACCACCACUGGGGACAACAGAACGUGAGCAUCACAGGUUUUGUUAUCCGCAGGGGUCUGGAAUGGAUCCCUCGUGAAUCCCAAGGGCCAGCUGUACAGUCAUUCAUUCACCUCCUCUCUCACUUGUAUGGAUCAGUGGAAGGGAGUUGUAUCUUGAUCAAUGAAACCAGAGCUGGGUCAUGAAAGUGGUGGGGCUUUCCUUGUACUGAACACUGUUGUGAUUCAGCUGUUGUCUAUGCUACACCAUUGACAGUUCUUUCCAUUGGGAAGUGAAUAUCAGGCAAGGGGAUCCAUGUGAAAGAGAAGAGAUAAAAUAUUAUAUCUUCUAUUUCACAGCACUACAUAGCAGUAAUGGAACACUUUGAAAGUAACACUUGGAAUUCUGAAACCUCCAUGGUGUGACAAAGUCCUCAAAUGCUUUGAAGGGAUUUUCCUCUUAACCUCUUAAGAGGUAGAGAAGUCCCUCUUCUCAUAUCGCAUAAGUCUUCUCUUAGCUUAAUGCGGUGCUUCAUAGUCCUGCAUAUUUAAGAAACUGGAGCUAUUGAGGGUUUUGAUUAAUUCAUGUGUAAUGACAGGGAAUCUGAUGUUGAAAUAUAUUUUGGAUAUUGAAACCCCCCACCAUAACCAGUCCAUUUUAAGUGUACUCAUCUGUGUGGCUGCUUGAGAGAAAAACUUUGUUCUCUUUGUAUUUGAAGAACUUUGUAGAGCUUUGUGCCUCUGCUAUGGUUCUUCACAAUAUUAUGAAUACCAGGAGGAUGCAGUGAAUAGGAAUGUGGAAUUUUACAGGUUAGCCCUGAAGCAUAAAACUUUAGGACAGGAUUGGAGCUUUGCUCCAACCUUUGUUGGAAGUGAUUAGAUCCCUUUCGUUUGCCAUGUACAGGUCUCAAAGUGUAGUCUUCUCUAGCAUUUGGCUUUGAAGAGAUACUUAAAAAUCACUUGGUUGAUUUGCAAGGAGUGUGAAAAACCUGUCAGUGUUGCAAAGCUAAUCAUGUUUCUAAACUAUCCUUCCCAGCUGGCAUUUCAACUUUAAUGUAUGAAGUGUAUUUUUAUCACUAAAAAAGUGGUCAGCCUUCUGAGGAGCAUAGGAAACUGAUAGGCUGUGGUCUCUUGGACAACUUUGUUUUAGCUUUCUUGGAACUGUGAUUCCCCCCUCCCUUUGGAACUGGAUACAGCAUGAGUGUAAUGAUUGUGCAUCCUCAACAAUUGUCUACAACUUUGUUGCUUUCCUCCCAUUAAAGAAGAAAAACAAAUUAGAUGCACUGCCAAGGUUAUAUCAAUGUAUAUAUGCCUUGGGUUGUGGACUAGUAGGAAACAACACUGUCUUCCCUUUCUUGGACCAGCACAUAGGGAACAGAAAGGAUGCUUGACCAACAUGUGCUGCCCUUUUCAAGAAUCUCAAAGUACAGGAAAGUGUGUGCAUGUGCACACACACAUACAAGAAAGGUAAAAUGAAUUGGGUAGUACAGAGGACAGCAUGGUUGUUGUAAGUUGACUUGUGUGUUAAAAGUAAAAAAAAUAAGUCAUGGGUUCCUUCUUGGCCUUAACUCAGACUUAGGAUCCCAUCGGGGUAAGAAUUUCUGUCCAAAAGCUGAAAUGGUACACCUCAAGAUGCCUGUGUUAGUUCAUUAAAUGACUUAUCAGUGGCGCGUUACAGACCGCCCCUUUGGGGCGACUGUAGGCGCACCUUUCCCCGCCGGAUUGGGGCCUCAGUGUCCAGAGCAGCAGCCGCUGAAGCCCCGAUCCGCCGCUUUCUGGACUGCGGGGA